AUGGUUACCGUGUCCUCGCACCUGACCUCCGCGGCUAUGGCGAUUCCGACUCCCCAUCCUCUCCCUCUUCCUACCCUUCUUCCACAUAGGUUGAUUUUGUGUAAGUAUGAAUAUCAGGUGUUUGUGGUGGGACACGAUUGGGGCGCAACCGCCGUCUGGCAUCUGAGUCUUUUCCGGCCAGAUAGAGUCAAAGGAAUUGUUUCUCUCGGUAUUCCAUUUUUUCCAAGAUACCCUAUCAAUCCAACUCACUUAUUCACCAAAUCGUUUGGAGACGAUUUCUACAUCUCUCAAUUCCAGGAAUUAGGAAGAGCAGAGAGGGCUUUUGCGAAAUACGAUUGCUUGACAGUAAUCAAGAAGUUUUUGUUGAUCAACCAUGGCGAUGUACCGGUAGCACCUCCUGGAAUUGAGAUUAUCGAUCACAUGGAAAUUCCUUCGGCCAUCAGAGAGCCUUCGAUGUCAAUUCUGCGCACGGGAGGUCGAUUCUGA